AUGAAAUACGCGAAAGAUCAAAAUAGACACGAUUUUUUUAUUGAAAAGUCUGAACUUUUAAAAUUCCUAGGGAUUAUGAUACUAACAGGAUACCAUACUUUACCCCAAAUGGACUGCUACUGGAGUAAAGAUGAAGAUAAAGAAGUAACUUUAGUAAGAAAUACAAUGUCAAGAAAUAAAUUUCGUUCCAUAAAAAAAAAUUUGCAUUUAGCUGAUAAUCAUAAUCUCAACCCCUUAGAUAAAUUUUCAAAGUUGCGUCCUUUUUUCGAUUUAUUGAAUCAAAAGUUUGAUCAGUUUGGUAUUUUUGCUCAUAAUUUGUCAAUAGACGAAGAAAUGGUACCAUACUUUGGUCGCCAUUCUUGUAAGAUGUUUAUUAGAGGAAAACCAGUUCGUUUUGGCUUCAAGUUAUGGUGCUUAACUUCUGAAAAUGGUUACUUAUUUCAGUUUUCACCUUAUGGUGGUGCUAGUACCAAACGAAUAGAAGGUUUGCCAUUAGGCUCAGAAGUUGUAUUCAAUCUUUUGGAGUCUGUUGAAAAUCCAAACUUGCAUAAAAUAUUUUUCGACAACUUUUUUACUAGUUAUUCUCUAAUGGCUAUGCUAAGAGAAAAAGGAUUCUUUGCGCAGUUCGAUGGAAUGACAAUUCAGUUGUGA